AGCCUCGUUGCGGCCUCGGGACGCACCGAGGCUUGCAGGCUCCCACGCUCGCUCCCGAGCGCGUCCCCGCCCUCGCGUCACGUGACGUGGCCGCGGAACCUGAGCUGCAGGGCCUAAGCCGAGCUAAAUUCGUUGCAGGUGGCCGCGGCGGGUGCAACCACAAAGGCUAAUCCGAAGGAGUCGGGGAGGCUCGUGGAGUCGAUGCUUCCUCUUCCAAGUCAGGUUGGCUCCUGUUACCUUCUCAGCAUUCGCUGUUCCCGUCUUCCUGAGCGCGUGCAUGAGGUCUUUCGCGUGGGGAAGCUCCGGUGACCAUGUAGUGGACAAGAGUGAGGAAGCUCCUGGUGCUUGGGACGAGGUCAGCGCUGUCGGCGCGCCGCUCCAGCGCCCACCACACCCCGGUGCGGGCCAGCGGGCCCUGGGCCCUGGUGGGAACUCCGACCUCCGGUCAAGGCCUGGCCGGGACGCCACGAAUUCUCGCGUCGUCUCGCGAGAGUCCAAGUUGAAGGAACAUGGCGACGUCUAAUCUGUUAAAGAAUAAAGGUUCUCUUCAAUUUGAAGACAAAUGGGAUUUUAUGCGCCCGAUUGUUUUGAAGCUUUUACGCCAGGAAUCUGUUACAAAACAGCAGUGGUUUGAUCUGUUUUCGGAUGUGCAUGCAGUCUGUCUUUGGGAUGAUAAAGGCCCAGCAAAAAUUCAUCAGGCUUUAAAAGAAGAUAUUCUUGAGUUUAUUAAGCAAGCACAGGCACGAGUACUGAGCCAUCAAGAUGAUACGGCUUUGCUAAAAGCAUAUAUUGUUGAAUGGCGAAAGUUCUUUACACAAUGUGAUAUUUUACCAAAACCUUUUUGUCAACUAGAGAUUACUUUAAUGGGUAAACAGGGCAGCAAUAAAAAAUCAAAUGUGGAAGACAGUAUUGUUCGAAAGCUUAUGCUUGAUACAUGGAAUGAGUCAAUCUUUUCAAAUAUAAAAAACAGACUCCAAGAUAGUGCAAUGAAGCUGGUACAUGCUGAGAGAUUGGGAGAAGCUUUUGAUUCUCAGCUGGUUAUUGGAGUAAGAGAAUCCUAUGUUAACCUUUGUUCUAAUCCUGAGGAUAAACUUCAAAUUUAUAGGGACAAUUUUGAGAAGGCAUACUUGGAUUCAACAGAGAGAUUUUAUAGAACACAAGCACCCUCGUAUUUACAACAAAAUGGUGUACAGAAUUAUAUGAAAUAUGCAGAUGCUAAAUUAAAAGAAGAAGAAAAACGAGCACUACGUUAUUUAGAAACAAGACGAGAAUGUAACUCCGUUGAAGCACUCAUGGAAUGCUGUGUAAAUGCCCUGGUGACAUCAUUUAAAGAGACUAUCUUAGCUGAGUGCCAAGGCAUGAUCAAGAGAAAUGAAACUGAAAAAUUACAUUUAAUGUUUUCAUUGAUGGACAAAGUUCCUAAUGGUAUAGAGCCAAUGUUGAAAGACUUGGAGGAACAUAUCAUUAGUGCUGGCCUGGCAGAUAUGGUAGCAGCUGCUGAAACUAUUACUACUGACUCUGAGAAAUAUGUUGAGCAGUUACUUACACUAUUUAAUAGAUUUAGUAAACUCGUCAAAGAAGCUUUUCAAGAUGAUCCACGAUUUCUUACUGCAAGAGAUAAGGCAUAUAAAGCAGUUGUUAAUGAUGCUACCAUAUUUAAACUUGAAUUACCUUUGAAGCAGAAGGGGGUGGGAUUAAAAACUCAGCCUGAAUCAAAAUGCCCUGAGCUGCUUGCCAAUUACUGUGACAUGUUGCUAAGAAAAACACCAUUAAGCAAAAAACUAACCUCUGAAGAGAUUGAAGCAAAGCUUAAAGAAGUGCUCUUGGUACUUAAGUAUGUACAGAACAAAGAUGUUUUUAUGAGGUAUCAUAAAGCUCAUUUGACACGACGUCUUAUAUUAGACAUCUCUGCCGAUAGUGAAAUUGAAGAAAACAUGGUAGAGUGGCUAAGAGAAGUUGGUAUGCCAGCGGAUUAUGUAAACAAGCUUGCUAGAAUGUUUCAGGACAUAAAAGUAUCUGAAGAUUUGAACCAAGCUUUUAAGGAAAUGCACAAAAAUAAUAAAUUGGCAUUACCAGCUGAUUCAGUUAAUAUAAAAAUUUUGAAUGCUGGCGCCUGGUCAAGAAGUUCUGAGAAAGUCUUUGUUUCACUUCCUACUGAACUGGAGGACUUGAUACCGGAAGUAGAAGAAUUCUACAAAAAAAAUCAUAGUGGUAGAAAAUUACAUUGGCAUCAUCUCAUGUCAAAUGGAAUUAUAACAUUUAAGAAUGAAGUCGGUCAAUAUGAUUUGGAGGUAACCACGUUUCAGCUUGCUGUGUUGUUUGCAUGGAACCAAAGACCCAGAGAGAAAAUCAGCUUUGAAAAUCUUAAGCUUGCAACUGAACUCCCUGAUGCUGAACUUAGAAGGACUUUAUGGUCUUUAGUAGCUUUCCCAAAACUCAAACGGCAAGUUUUAUUGUAUGAACCUCAAGUCAACUCACCCAAAGACUUUACAGAAGGUACCCUCUUCUCAGUGAACCAGGAGUUCAGUUUAAUAAAAAAUGCAAAGGUUCAGAAAAGGGGUAAAAUCAACUUGAUUGGACGUUUGCAGCUCACUACAGAAAGGAUGAGAGAAGAAGAGAAUGAAGGAAUAGUUCAACUACGAAUACUAAGAACCCAGGAAGCUAUCAUACAAAUAAUGAAAAUGAGAAAGAAAAUUAGUAAUGCUCAGCUGCAGACUGAAUUAGUAGAAAUUUUGAAAAACAUGUUUUUGCCACAAAAGAAAAUGAUAAAAGAGCAAAUAGAGUGGCUAAUAGAGCACAAAUACAUCAGAAGAGAUGAAUCUGAUAUCAACACUUUCAUAUAUAUGGCAUAAUUUUGAAUAUCAUGGACAAUAUUUAGAACCCAAAUUUUGGAGUGCUUGGGCAGAAAGUUGUAAAGUUUGUGCUGGAGAAAGGUUUAUUUGGACUUUGAUUACAUAAAUAUUAAAAUCUCUGCCUUACCUUACAAAAACAACUAUAUUUUGCCAAUCACAUUAGUUAGCAUGAUGGCAUUCCCUUCAUGUUGCACACUCUUUAACAGCAUGCUGUUUUGUGGAGAAACUUGCAUUCAUGAAGAGCCCAUUAUCAACUUUUAAAAGUGAAUUUGAUUUGUACCCACCAGGAGAAAUACAGUUGGGAAGGGUGAGGGUGGGGUUCUUGUUGCUUUUUUCUCUUUUUUCCUCUCUUAAAAAAUGUACUUGCACAAGGAAGGAUCUUCAGAUAUUCAUGCACUGAAAAAUGCUGUUAUCUUUUGUUUUUAAAAAAUGCAAUUAAAACUAGAAAUAGCACUCUUGGUUUCUUUUGAUGAAAAGAGUGAGCUGGUCAAUGCAACAUGGGGAAACGGCAGAUGUAGGUGAGAAGUUAAGUAUUUAAUAGUAUCAAAUUGUUCAAACAUUGCUCAGUAUAAUAACUGGAUUUUAAUGGUUACCUAAAUAUGGUAUUAAAUAUUUUCAACUUUCAAA